CUUCUGGUUUAUCAGAUCCAGUGCUUUUAAAACAACGAAUUGCAGCAAUCCAGGAUGAACGCGAGAGGAUGCUAAUGUUAUAUAGUGAAUUUGUAAGUGAUAAUGUAAUAGUUCCACAAGAUCGAGCAGUUAAACA